GUAAAAUUCCUACGAGGUGUUACAAGGUGUUGCCACAAUUUCAAAAACUCCAUAUCGAGUUACACAAAUAGCCAGAAGGUUUAUAUAAGUACAUGGUCAACACGGUGUGUGCGGGAUCUUGAGGAUAAAGCAUUAGCUGUGAGAUUUGGAGGUCGGUGGUUCCAUGCCUGGCUGUGAAAGUGUUGUACUAAUGUGCGUGUUGCCACCAUACCGGAAUUAGGGGAUACAAGAAGAACUGGACACGCGCGCGCACGCACGCACGCACGCACGUUGAUUCACCCAACCGAUUGCAAACUCAGACCAGUGUAAUAGACAAUCAGUCUGUAUUAAAACUAGAUAGAAACUGGUUGAAACUGGGUAUGCAUGAGUGAUCCUUUCAGUCUCAAGAAGUUUCGUAUCUCCUAGUUAUCAUGUGCAGGGGCGGUGACUAUUGGUCUACCACUUCUAGGACGAGAUCUUGGUUUGAAUUGAGGCGGGUAUACCGAUCCCAUAAACGGGAUAUUGUGCUCGGGUGUACGUUGAAAUGUCGUGCAACUGCGGACUGGGACUCGCCAUCUUCAAGACGUCCUUCGGCGAUGUGGCAAUGGGCAGCUUUAAGUGACGACAUUUUCCCACUUCCAAUACGUCGCCAAACGUGUGACAAAUGUUGACUGCCGUUUCACCGUUCAUAGUCAUCAUCACUGCACGUGCAUUCUGCUUUUAAUUUCUUUUCCAUGACAUUGUGCACAACACCAGCAAACGAACAAGUGACAAACACAGUUCAUUCAAAUAUAUUACAUCUGUAUUGAAUGUGUUCAUUCUCACUAUCUUUUAUGCGUGUAUUGAUUUGAUGAAUGUAGCACUCGUAAAUAAAGCAGUGCAUACUGUAACAGUAACAAUAAACAGAAACCAGGAUCAGCUGAUAAGAGAAACUGUGCAAUUGGUUUACAAAUCUGUACAUGACGAAGUAGAUUAUCACGAUAUAUUAGUUUACCCGAUGUUUGCAGUUUGCUGGUUCAGGAAUCCGAGUAUUGCCACCUUUGACGACUAACAUGCCAGUCCCCCAGAGAGGCAGUCGAUGUACUUGGUACCGGCGAUCUACCAUCUUUAUUUUAGUUUUCAUGACAACCGUCUACUGCACAUCCAAAUUUCACUGUCCUCAAAUGGUUGAACUGGGCUCGUCAAUGAUUCUGACAUGUUACGUUGACGCUGCUGCAAAAGCUCACUCCUACGCAACACCGAGAAGAACCACUGCCGCGUCGUGUGAUCUGGCAGGCGGAAGGUGUAUACCAGUGGGUAACUUCGCGGCAUCAGUCAUCAACACGACGUGCAGUGUUCUCACUGUACCCAAGACACGGCGGUCACAUGGGGGUGUUUGGAAAUGUGUCGACGAUGCAGAUGAUCCAUACCCUGAGACUUGUCACGUGACUGUUGUUGAGAUACCAACGUGUGACGUAACCAGCGACAAGAACAUCAGCUCGCUCAACGAGGGCGACAAACUAGCACUGUCUGUGCACCUUUCAAGAGGCUACUGCUCUGAGCCGUUUCUAGUUACGCUGACAACUGGAAGCGUCAACAUCACCCUCACCAACCACACAGUUGUUAAUACCACAGUAUGGACCACAGAGUUCCUUGUAACAGGCCCACACUUUGGGGAGGUCAGUCUGAUGUACGCUUGUGGUGGCAGCAGCUGGAACGUGUCCUGUGAGGGUGUACAUCGACUGGCACAGGACGCACGGUCUAACAUCACGACAUCCUCAACACAAUUCAGUGUUCCUCCCACAUCAGAUGGACGGGACACAGAGGAGUCUGACAGCCAUACGGGGGUUAGUGUUGGGAUCACAGUUGCCAUUAUUUUCGUCAUCGUCGUAGUUAUCAUCUUUGUGAUCCUCUUCCUAAGAAAGAAACGUAAGAAGCCAACGCGAGAGAAUAAUCAGCCUCCACCAUCUCACGAUACAGUUUCAAUGUUAACAACGUCUGUUAACAAAGCUGAAGAUGGAACUCUUGAUAUUGACGAACAUUGAAAUGGACUCAUUGUUGACAGAUUGAGGUAACAUUGUACCGGGCGCGCCUGUUUCCUCUGCCCCUUCUGUCUCGUGGAUGGUUAGACAUUUAUCACGUUCCAUUGGCUGAAAUAAGACUUAAUAUGCUGAACAUGAAGGUUUAUAUCUGUUGAAAACGUAAAUAGUUGGCUUCGUCAUUAUGUCAUUAAGUAUUAUUUGUGUAUGUCAUUAUGGAUAUUUCCAUCAGUUACAAUACAAAGUUCUUAGUGUUAAGUUCUACGCCUCUUAUUGUUAUGAACCCAGUUCCUGUUAUCAUCACAGCUGUUAUCAUCAUUGCUGUUAUCAUCAUAGCUGUUAUCAUCAUAGCUGUUAUCAUCAUUGCAGUUAUCAUAGCUGUUAUCAUCAUAGCUGUUAUCAUCAUAGCUGUUCUUAUCAUUGCAGUUAUCAUAGCUGUUAUCAUCAUAGCUGUUAUCAUCAUAGCUGUUAUCAUCAUUGCAGUUAUCAUCAUAGCUGUUAUCAUCAUUGCAGUUAUCAUAGCUGUUAUCAUCAUAGCUGUUAUCAUCAUUGCAGUUAUCAUCAUAGCUGUUAUCAUCAUAGCUGUUAUCAUCAUUGCAGUUAUCAUAGCUGUUAUCAUCAUAGCUGUUAUCAUCAUAGCUGUUCUUAUCAUAGCUGUUAUCAUCAUAGCUGUUAUCAUCAUAGCUGUUGUUAUCAAAGCUGUUAUCAUCAUUGCAGUUAUCAUAGCUGAUAUCAUCAUAGCUGUUAUCAUCAUAGCCGUUAUUAUCAUAGCUGUUAUCAUCAUAGCUGUUAUCACCAUUGCAGUUAUCAUAGCUGUUAUCAUCAUAGCUGUUAUCAUCAUAGCUGUUGUUAUCAUAGCUGUUAUCAUCAUAGCUGUUAUCAUCAUAGCUGUUAUCAUCGGCGUUAUCUUCGUCCUGAGAAGGAAAUGUUUGUGUAAAGAACCAACGGUAGUGCUGCAACCGUCUCCAUCACCUGUCGAACUAAAGUACUCAUGGAAAUAAAAAAAAACUGUUUUGCUGGAUUUAAUAAUCGACACAAAGCAUUACGUAGAUGUAAAUA